CCUUAUCACUUCCUCCACCAUAUAGCCUUGCUUUGUUCAUUAUAAUAUUCAAGAUGCCACCUCCUACACCAUCCAUGGCUUCUCGUAUGUCUGCUCUUGUCUUGAGGGUUCUCACUUUUAUUUUCCUCUUGGCUUCACUUAUUAUCUUGACCACCAACACUGCCACCUUAGAAGUUGAUCUCGUCGAGGUUAAAGUCCACUUCAAAGAUGUUUAUGCGUAUCGGUACAUGGUUGCAGCAAUUGUUAUUGGAUUUGCAUACACAAUCUUGCAAAUGGCUUUCACAUUAUACCACGUUGCCACUGGAAAUCGAGCGAUGAGUGAUGAUGGAAGCCUUGUUUUUGACUUCUAUGGUGACAAGGUAAUAUCAUAUGUUUUAGCCACUGGUGCAGCUGCAGGAUUUGGAGUUACAAAAGAUAUGAAAUCAAUAUUUGCAGGUUCAGGAAAUUUUGACCAAUUCUUCAACAAAGGCUAUGCCUCUGCCAGUCUCCUCCUCCUGGGAUUCAUCUGCACUGCAAUAUUAUCUGUCAUCUCUUCCUAUGCACUCCCUAAGCAUGUUUAACCCUUCCAAUUACAAGCAAAAAUGUAUCAUUAUUAACAUAUUUCGAAUUUAGAAUUUUCCCAUUUUCAUGUAUAACAUUGAUGGGGAUUAUAUAAAUAAUAAAAUUGUACUUUGGCAUAAACCAAAUUUAACUGCAGUACCCAACAUGUUAUACCCAUUUUAAUAACAAAGGCUUCCUAAUUUUCAUUAAA